AUGUUAACAUUAAGCUUGCCGACUACACUUGCACUUUGGGCAAGACCUCUUAUUCGACCGAAUGGCUAUCAGGAACUGAAUUUCGCCAAUAUACACCAGAUUAUUAUGGAAUAUUCUUGUUCGCAUAACCCACAGAAAACUGGUAUGGCUCGAGGACAGUCAGGUUCCUACUAAGAGGAAGAGAUCGGCGUCCAGCCAUACGUUAGAGUUCAGAUCACCUGCAUCCAGACGGACCCUCGGUUGCAGCCCAUUUUGCUUGUGCUACCUGGCAGGAUUCCAGUGGAACAGGACCCGCGGUUUCAUGUCUCUCGACCGAGUCGUCAACACAUGCAGGUUACCAUGCCCGACGGAAUGACCCGUCGUGAGGGUCGAUUGCGUCUCCUGUAA